CAUAGUGAAGCGUGGCUUGGAGUCAUUAUCAAAUUCACCGAUGUUGUACACACUUGUUAUUUGCACGUGGGUGGACACUAUGGAGGAGGAGGAACAUUUGAACGGAUCUUCAUUGUGUGCAUUGUAUACUACUUUUCUUGAAAGCCUGUGUAAGAAGGCGAACGAUACAACUGGCUUUUUUAACGAUUUAAACCCUCCUCAUGUGAAGUGUUUUUCAAGAACAAGUUACCUUCGGCCUAUCAUUCAAAACGUAGAUGUCAUUUCAAAAGCUGCUUUUCAUCUUUUGUUUUCUCCUGAAAAGGAAAAGUCUAUUGUAUUCAACGAUCAGGAAUUGUCAAACUAUCUUACACCAUCUGAACAAGAGUUUGCUCUCAAAGCGGGACUGAUAUCAAAACGGAAAACCAAAAGAGCUUUAAAUUCGUCUAUCUCAUUUAUCCACAAAAGCAUGCAGGAAUUCCUGGCUGCUUAUCAUAUUGCCCACAAUGCGCAUUUGAUUGAUGACGUCAUUUCCGGAUAUCUGGGACGUUAUUCGGAUGCAUAUCUCGACAUAUCCCAGGUGUUCAUAUUCCUAUGUGGACUGAACAUACCGGCUGCCAAUAAGCUAUCUGGCAUUAUGAAUGAACAAUCUUGCAUUAUGAAUGAACAUAAUAAUAUUAAUAUGAUUGAUAUAAAAAAAAUUUCAUAUGAAUACGAUACGUUUCAAAGCAUCAUAGAGGCAGGAUACACAGAGGCUGUUUCAAAUGACCAAACUGGCAUUCUCCUCAGACUCAGUCACUUUGAUAUCGAUGGGGACAACUUAAUGGUCAUGAACAACAUAUGGAGAGAAAACAAGUCCAAUGCCCUGGCUUUGAAAAUACAUGUAGACGACGAAACGGAUCAUGCCAUACAUAGUUCAUCUACACAUAGCGAGCCAACAUCGCAGGUUGAAUUUGACCUGUCAUCGUGCCUAUAUCUGAAAGAUUUGGUACUUUCUGGAAGCGGCAUACACUUGCAAGGGCUCAAAUUUGACCCUGUCCCGGGAGGUCACAAAACUGAACAUAUGACGUUUACCAGGGGAGAUUACUGCGGCCGUGUGGCUGUGACCAACAACAACAACAACAUCUUGUAAACAUGAGAUAAAACCCUGUCAUUUAGUGCCAUUUUAGAUCAGAUGGUGACUGCUUUCAAAGGAAUUGAAGUGCCCAGUGGGACGAGGGAUAGACAGAGAAAGUCACAUGCUUGAGUACAUUUCAACCCAUGCGCAUUGCGCGUUUUUUGUCGCAUAAAAAACAGUGGAGCGAUACAGGGCCAUCAUGGCCCUCUUGUUUGUGUUAGCAUUUACAGUAACUAGUGCGAUAUGUUAAAAUUACCUCAGUUUACACUAGCGAAGAAACGGAACAUUCUACGAAUGAAUUGCCUAUUUAUUAAACAUGUGAAUGACAGUAACUUCUACAAAGUAUUGUGAGUGCAUGUAUAGUGGAAAGGUCGGAACGCAGUAACAACGUAUCGUUUCAAUAACUUAAUAGCUGGUUUAUUUAAAUGUUAUUACGAACCAAAUAACGUCAUUUAACAUGCUU